AUGGGUCCCAAGCACGAUUUCUGCACUACCAUGCCAUUUCACCCCAAUGGAAGCUCUUAUGGAAAGAUUGUGACACAGGAAAUGCCUCUUGUCGACUCCGAUUUCAGUAGCGGCUCUGGGUCCCCUGGGAGAAGAAACUCGAUCUGCAGCAAUCUGGAAAACUCAGGGAAAGCUUCUGCAUCUAUCAAAGGAAGUGGCUGGAUGCUUAAGUCGUCUCUCCGUCCUUCUUUUGAAUUCGAGAUCUCCAAUGGUAAGAAGGUCGCCAAGUGUUUAUACUGUGGUAAGCGAUAUUCCGAGGGAGAAUCAACGGGAAACCUAUCAAAGCAUGUUCGCAACCUACACCCAGCUGCUUUCAACAACACGAAUAAUAAAGUCCAAAAGUCGACAGCGUCGGGCACUUUUGGGAAGCGAUCAAACGCUUUAAAAAUUUCCAAUUUGAUCGAGGAUGAGUACACGAUGAAUCCUGAGACAUUUCAAACAGUGUUGCUCGUCGUUGAAGGUUUUCUGCCAUUCAGUACUGUUCAGCUCAAAACUUGGAAUGUUAUCAAUAGAUGGAGAGGGUCUGGUGAAUUCAUUCAAUCGAGGAAGACGCUAAUUAAAAAGCUGGACCUGUAUUCAUGCUACAUGGACAAAUGUUUGGCGCUCAAUUUAAAGGAUACUAAUCUCGUGAACGUUUUGCUAGGCACAUGGAAGGCACCCACCGGAGAGUCAUUUCUUGGCGUCAUGGUGUCCUUUGUGCCAAACUUCUUCAACGAAGAUACCUUGAAGACCGCUACAUCUUCGUCAUUAUUUUUAAACAAUGCUGGCAAGGUGCAAAAUACGCAUUUGCUUGAAUUUGUCAGUCUUGGCAGUGAUCAGUAUACAGGGCAACAGUUGUGUUCAUUAUUUUUAUCCUUAUUGCAAAAACAUCGGCUAGAGGACAAGGUUGCUACCAUUACAAUGGACACUACUAGAAAAAGCUGUGCCGUUUACUCUCAUUAGAUCCAUGAUAACCUCAAAAUUUACAAGCCUCUUGCAUAUCUCCUGUUCAAUCGCGUGCGCUACGUAAGGUGUGCAAGUGACGUACUGAGUUUGCAGUUUCAGAAGAUAGUCGAGCAUUUAUCUCACACAGUUGUCUUCACGUAGACCUUUGCCAAAGUGAGCAAGCUCGCAAAAAUCAUGAAAUGCUCGACCCGAAUUAAAACGAGCUUUCGUGACUCUAAAAUACCUUCAAUGCCUCUUGAGGUACCUUCAAAAUGGAUAUUAAAGUGGCGUCAGAUAGAGAGAUUUCUAGCAAAUCGAGAGUUAUACGAAGCUUGGUGUCAACGCAAAAAGGACAGCGGGGAUGAGCAACUGUCCUCAAGGCUGCGACGCCACCUCAUUCAUGAUAAAAGAACAAUUGAAUUAUUAACAUACUUUGUCGAGGUGUGCGAAUUGUUCAACGACCUUAAUCAACAAUUGCAGAGUGAUGAAUAUAACUGUUUAUCCACUGCUAUUCCCUUCUACUAUCUUUUGGAGCACUAUUACAGCGCUUCAAUACAAGUUGGAGAGGGAAAAAGGCUUAAGCGAUCAUCCUCAGGCCCGGAUUUCUCUUGCCUCAAUGGCUCAUACAAAUUGCACUCGGACGACAAAGAGCUUGUUUUCGAGGCCAUGACGCUUGGAAGAGCCUUGCACCAUGAAUAUUUCACUAAAGUCCAAAAUGAUCCCAUUUUUCUUUUGUCGGUUCUGCUGGAUCCUAGGUUCAAGACCGAAAAGCUGUACAAGAAAAUGCAUUCAGCAGAGGCUGUUCGAAACAUCCAGUUAUGCGAGACAUUCAUCAAAAACUACUUUAAAGAGUACAGAUCUAUCAGUUCUUCUGACGUGGAAAUUAUGGGUGAAAGGCCUUGUCAUCCUGUGGGACGCAAUCCAUUGGACUUUGACAUCCAAGAAAUAGGGCUACUAGACUCGGAGGUUCCUGAAGAUAGAGAGACCAACGAUAUUCGAUCAACUUUAAAAGAGUGGCACAUUUACUUAGAAGAGCCUCUCUUGGCUGCAGGCUCGAAAGAAGAUGCCGUAAAUUGGUGGUUUGAACUACGCCCGAAGUUUCCGCGACUUUUCAAACUUGCCAUGUCCCUGCUCUACACCAAGGUUUCGAUUUGUGAUGUUGAGAGGAAGUUUUCAUUCGCGGAAAGGGUAAUGCGGAAAGAUUACACGCGGCUAGAUAAGAAGAAUGUUAGUACAUUAAUGGUGCUAAGGGAUAGGUUUCUCAACUUCAACUUUUACGAGAACAAUGGAAUACCGCUAGUUCCUGCCGAGUUUGAAGAACGUGACAGUAACAAGGAACAGUGCCUCGAGCUCAACACAGAUCACUCGGAUUUUAGCAACUUUGAUUCUGAUCCUGAUAGCGCAGAGGAUGAAGUGCGCCAAGUGCGCACAGAUGACGGAGAAACUUGUGUUUAA